UGCAAUUGAUGAGCGACUUAGGUACAGUAAUAAAUUAAGUCGUAGCUCAUUUCUCAGCACUUUGUGACGGAUCUAAUACAAGACAAACGAAGGUGUUACACCAGGUAGUGACGUCACACAUUUCACCACUUGCCUAUAUUGUAAUAUCUCUCCAUUACCUCAAAGAGAAGUGACGACGAAGUUACCUGAAAGUUUUGAUUGAAGGCCUACCGCAAAUAAAUCAGACACAUAAAAUACAAUAGUAGAGAUUUACAAGUGGAACCUAAAACAUUUUGUUGUUCAACACAGACUGUUAACAAAUAGCAAUGGCGAUACCAUUCAACAUAUACUUUGACGAUGAUGCUUACGUUAAAACUACCAAAGCUCUUCACAUCGUUUUCAUAAUCCUCAUUGUACUUAGCAACGGGGCGCUGAUCUUCAGAAUUUGGAGCCAGAAACAAUUUUUCUACAGCGCUAAAUAUCUCUUACUGGUGUCGUUGUCCAUAGGUGACAUUUUCCUGGCUCUUUAUUCAUUGGUGAUACAAACUUGGGUACUGUUUCAAGAUUUAUCACAAAGAGAAGCAGGCUGCCGUUUAACAAUCACUGCUGCCGUUUACAAAACCUUCCUUCUUAAUUUUGUCCAUGGGACUGGGCUCGUUACUUUAUCAGCUGAGUAUAUUCACCGCUGUAGAUCAAACAGACAAAGAACGAAAACUCAAACAGAUAUAUUAAGCGGGAUGUUCAUCAGUUGCAUCCCUUGGAUGCUUGGUCUAGCGAUUAUACUACCACUGGCGAUAGUUGGAAUCGACUUUGACACUUGUAACGGGUGGUACGAAAUCUCCAGGCUUCACGCUGUGUAUAUUUUGUCCUUUAUUCUACCCGCGGUCAUAGCCAUUGUUACAGCUAUCUGUGCAUCAUGCGUUAAGAAGGAUCUCAUUCCACAACAGCAGAUAGAGCUGACCCCACAGCAAAACCAGGCCUUUUCUAUCCAGUCGUCACAAUGGGAAACACAAGAUGCACCUGUGUGUGUUGGUUACCACAAGCAUCAAGACCAGCAAAAUGACUAUACACCUCAAAGUACCCCACAGUAUAAUUACCCACCACAGACAGCACCUUAUAACAAUUAUCCACAACAAUAUCCACCUCCCAGUACGCCAGCAAUGAACAACACACAAUUUAACUAUGUCGUCAAGGGACGCAACUAUGAAAAAAACACAAUUCUUUCCCUUGCAUUUCUGUUCUUUUUCCUAGUGUUACCACAAGCUAUAUUCUACGUGACCUAUGACCUAAACCUCUUGGAGAACUCUGACCUCUUCCUUCCUGUCGUCGUUUACACCGGCAUACACGACGGCCUGAUGUGGUUAGCGUACCUACGUUCCGUCAUCACACCAUUAUUAGCUAUCAACCAAUCGUAUUUGAGACAUGCGUAAUUCAAAUACUCAUACAUUACAGCAGAUU